AUGGUUUCUACCAGAUCGAAUGCUCGAUUGAUCAGAUUUGGGAUCUUUGCACUUGUUUUGAUAGGAUGUGGCUACAUCCUUACAAGAGGUUCAUCAUUCCAACCUCCAAGUUAUCAAAAAACACAAUCACCUGCCGCUCAUGAGAAGCAGACCGGUAAUGUUGCUGCCGGUGGUGCCUCCAGUGCUGGUUCUACAGCUCAAGUUCCAUUAGGCAAAAAUAGAGGUCCAAUACCUAAAGCCAUUAAGGGUGCUGGUGAAGGUGGUAGUGAUGCUCCAGUUCCUCAACAAGAUAUUCCUGACAGUUAUACUCUUAAUGACAAAAUUAAGGCUACAUUUGUCACUUUGGCACGUAACUCUGAUUUAUAUUCUUUGGCUGAAUCAAUUAGACAUGUUGAAGAUCGUUUCAAUAAAAACUUCCAUUAUGAUUGGGUUUUCCUCAAUGACGAAGAGUUCAAUGAUGAAUUUAAAGAAACCGUUGGUAGUUUAGUUAGUGGUAACACUAAAUUUGGUUUGAUUCCAAAGGAACAUUGGUCAUAUCCUUCAUGGAUUGACCAAGAAAAGGCUGCUUUGGUACGUGAACAAAUGAGAGAAAAGAAAAUUAUCUAUGGUCAUUCUGAAUCUUAUCGUCACAUGUGUAGAUUUGAAAGUGGAUUUUUCUGGAGACAAGAGAUUUUGAAUGAUUAUGAUUAUUAUUGGAGAGUCGAACCAGAUAUCAAGUUAUAUUGUGAUAUUGAUUAUGAUAUCUUCAAAUGGAUGAAAGACAAUAAUAAAGAUUAUGCAUUCACCAUUUCCUUGCCAGAAUAUAAAGAAACCAUUCCUACAUUAUGGGACACCACCAAAGAAUUUAUUGAAAAGAAUCCACAAUAUUUGGCUAAAAAUAACUUAAUGGAUUGGGUUUCUGAUGAUAAAGGUCAAACUUACAAUGGUUGUCAUUUCUGGUCCAAUUUUGAAAUUGGUUCUUUGGCUUUCUGGAGAAGUGAAGCUUACACAAAAUACUUUGAACAUUUAGAUAAAGCUGGUGGUUUCUUCUAUGAAAGAUGGGGGGAUGCUCCAGUUCAUUCCAUUGCUGCCGCAUUGUUUUUACCAAGAGAAAAAGUUCAUUUCUUUGAAGAUGUCGGUUACUAUCAUGUUCCAUUUACCAAUUGUCCUGUUGAUAAAGAAGUUAGAAAAGCAAGAAACUGUAAUUGUGACCCUAACAAAGACUUUACUUGGAGAGGCUAUUCUUGUACUACAAAGUAUUACACGUUGAAUAAUUUUAAAAGACAAACGGGUUGGGAAAAAUACACUAAUUAA